UUUACUUUGUUUCCGGGUGCAAUUUAAGACUAUAAAGGGAGUGGGUCUUCAAGAGCUCAGAGAUCACCUUUCUUCUUCCUACGUGUUACUGUGAUAGCAGAGAUCAUCAGACAUGAAAGUGUCUCCUUUGCUGUAGUGCUGCUUUCAGUGACGCUGGGGGGAGAAAGGAGGAGGGGUAACCUCCUAGAAAACCGCUGUUGCAGCUGUGACCAGAGAGGGAGAGAGACAGACACAGGAGCGACCCAUCUCCGCACCAACUAGUAACUCUUGAGCAAAGCUGUACAAUGAACACUUAUCUCUUCAUCUACUAUUUAAUCCAAUUCUGUGGACAUUCCUGGAUAUUUACAAAUAUGAUCAUCAGGUUCUUGUCAUUUGGGAAAGAUUCUUUGGCCGAUACCUUCUAUUCUAUAGGACUUGUAAUGCGCCUUUGUCAGUCGUUGUCCAUAUUAGAGCUCCUGCACAUUCUAGUUGGCAUUGAAGAAAACCGUUUUCUCCCGAGGUUUUUACAGAUAACUGAAAGAAUCAUCAUUUUAUUUGUUGUCAUCACCAGUCAAGAAGAAGUUCAAGGGAAAUAUAUUGUGUGCGUUUUAUUUUUCCUUUGGAAUUUACUGGAUGUGGUCAGAUACACUUACUGCAUGUUAUCAGUGUCAGGAACAUACUAUGGAGCUUUGACAUGGCUGAAUUACACACUAUGGAUUCCAGUAUAUCCCCUGUCAAUUCUGGCUAAAGCAUUUGCCAUCUAUGAAUCACUGCCUUACUUUGAAUCCUUCGGCACAUACUCCACCAAGCUACCAUUUCCAGUUGCCUUAUCGAUCUACUUCCCGUACAUACUAAAGCUGUACCUGGCAGUGCUGUUUGUAGGUAUGUACUUCAUCACUAGAUACCUCUGCUCAGAAAGGAAAGCCCACCUAGGAGCCAGCUACAUCAAAGAGAAAAGGAGCUAAGUUGAUAUCUUGUCUUGUAAUGAGGAAAAUGCUCUAGAACAUGCUAUGCUAACACAUUAUGUGGAAAUAAUUUAGACCAAGAUUUUCAGAAGUGCUUAGUGAUUUUAUGCGCCCAACUGGGAAUGCCUUAGAAGUUCCCAAUUUACAAGGGCAGGUGCUCCACACUUUCUGAAAAUGAAGCCCUUUAAGGCAUCUCACAUUGGGCACUCAAACAUAAGCACCUCAAAUCUCCCGUCACUUUUUAAAGUCUUGGCCUCAGAGGUUACUCUAGCUUUUUCUAACAUAAAAUGACAGGUUACAAAAUGUGGCAAAAAAUGUCAAUCAUAUCAGCAUUUCCUAUAUUUUAAUAAUGGGUUCCUAUCGCAGCAGUAGCAUGGAUUCUGCAUUUUAUAUCAGAGUAAAAUGUCAAUGGUAUUUUGUUUUUAUCAUUAUCUCACCUGUUAGACUAUGUAAAACAGAUGUAUGAAUAUCAAAUUUGCUAGAACUGCAAUAGAUUAUGAAGCAGAAGCUGAGUGUUCUGCAUUUUGCCACAUUCACACAAAUACCAAUAGGUAAAACUGUUCAAAGAAAACCCAUCCUCCUCCACUCGCCCCCCCCACCCCGAUUCUUAAAGUAAAUGUAAGUGACAAAUGCAGUUACAGUGUCUAUUUACUACAAGUCCUAGAGGGCAUUUAACGUACAGAAGUAGAAGUUAUGAUUCUAAUAUAUUUCCAGCAGACACUAUUGACAGAUCUGUUUUUCUUAACUGUGACAUCCAGAUUAUCUUGGAACUGAAGAAACAAGACAGACAGACGCUCACUCUUACUUAACUUAUCAAAGUGUGAUAUAGUCAGUCCAAGAAAUACUCUGCCUUUAAAAAUAAGAUAAUGGAUUAUACAGACUGUGGGCCAAAUCCAAAUUGUCUCACACAUGAGAAUUGUCCCAUUCAUGUCAGUGAGGUUACUUGUGCAACAAAAGUAAUUAGGAUUUGGUCCUAUGAGGUGGGGAACUACUUAUAUGAGAAGAAGCAAGAAAAUAGGAUACGUUUUCCUGGGGGACAAAUUACUUCUCCAACUGCACAAGCUACUCGGGAAAAAAACAUAGGCUGACUUGUUCCCCAUUGGUACUAUUCCCCACCACCCUUUGGGCUUGAAUAAAAGACAGAAAAAAUUAAGUGGAUUAAAGAGUGAAAUGAAAACACUUCUGGUCAUGAAAAUUCUCUUACCUAUUUAAGCCUCUGAAAAAGUGAAACUUAAGUAUGCUUUUGUCUUGAGACAACAUUUGAAUAACCAAUGAGUGAAGAGCAUCUCAAAUUGAUGAUAUAGUGGCUCUAGGACAAGUCCACAGCCACACCAGGCAGCUCAGCUGUAUCUGAACUGCCCCUACCUGUGCUACCACGGCUACACUGCUAUUUAUGCUGGACCUAGCUUGAGUACGUGUACAUGAACAAAGGAAUCACACUCCUAGCUCGUACUGGAGACAUAGCCUUAGACAGGUAUAUUUGUUUGUUACCUGGGAACAGUACACUAGAGUGGGUACCAUUAAAUACUUUGCUUUUGCAUCCAGGUAUUAUUGUGGUGUGCAUGCUAACAUACAGCACUUUUGGUCAGUAAAUCUCAACGCGCUUUACAAAAGAGGUAAAUAUUAUAGUAUUGCCUGUAUUUAGGAAAUAGAGCGAAUAUUGUUGUAACGUUAUUUAGUUACAAAAGCAAAUGUGAUGUUUUUAAAUAUGAUCAUGCUAUCUGUUGAAGGAGAGAUUUAUGGGAUCUGGGCAGGGGAGAAUUCCCUCAGUGCAGGAGCUGAGGAAGACAGAGGACCCUCUUAAGAAUCCUGGGAUAGCAGCUGUGCCUGGUGUGGGAAGGGAGUAUCAGGGGCAGGGCUGCAGCAUGUUACCCAGCAGCGAUUCCAGACAGCACAGCUAGCUGUGGACAUGCUGCUGUAAUGUAGACAGCCCACCUGAGGCUACUUUAGCCUCUGGAGCAGUCCAGAUUCACCAGGGCAGAAAAGGUGGGUCAAAGUGAACUUAGCACACCCCUGCCACCCAUUCCGCAGGCUGGGAGCUCUGUGCUGUCUCUCUUAGAAGCACAGCCCAGAAUCUCACCUUAUAAAGCAUAUCCUGAAAGAGUAAAAUGAUGGUGGAUCCCUAACAUUUGUUGAAAAAUGCUGAUAUUUUCCAUUCUGUUCACAUGGUACAGUCUGGUCAAAAUUUUCAAACUCAGGUUCCUAAAGUAAGAUGCCUUAAGUCUAUGUUUCGGCACCCUAACAAGGGGCUUAUCUUUCAGAUGAACUUUGCACCCACUCCACCAAAUGAAGAGGGAGUUGUAGGUAUUGACUGCUUUUGAGAAUCAAGCCAUUCUUAUAUAGGGGCCUAAAUCUGAACUUAAGCCAACUUUAGGCAUUCAAAAAUGAAAUUGUUUGUUGGCGUAAAAAGUUACUGAUCCACAGACCUACUGUAGUUGCUGGUGCUGGCAAUUAGGUUUCCCAUUUAAUUCACUGUUUUUACAUUGAACCACACUUACAUGUAAAAUCCCACCACUAAUGUAUUUCAAUUUGAUAAAUUCAUAUUUAAUUAGUGAACAUUAUUUUAAUCUGUGCAAUUUAUUUACUUAUUUUAAUUUUGAAUGAUAGCAAACCUAUUUUAAAAAAAUCUUUGGUUGAAAAUACAGCAGUAACUACCAAACCUGAUUUAUCCGCACAUGGACACCUGGAGCAUGUAAAUGGUUUUCAGUUUUACAGUGUGUAUAUCAGUCAACAUUGAUUCUGCACUAGCAAGGUGCAAGAUAUCAUGGGCCAGGUGUUCAAAACUCAGAUACGUUUGCAGCUGCAGAAAAGUGUGUUCAGUUAAUCUCUUAAACUACGCAAAGAAUUAACAGGCUGAUUUGAUGAAUCAUGAUCUAGAUCAGUGGUUCUCCAGCCAUGGCCUGCUUGUGGCCCAAUCAGCA